CACACUACCGACAACUUUCGACGACCACGAAAAACGAACGCGAUGCCCGCCCCAACGUCGUCCCCCGGUUUGUUAUCACCAAUUCCAGCGCUAUACUUGUAUCCUCUGAAUGACUCGUUCGUGCCGAAACAUAUAUCACUGCAAGGGAGGGUGAAGAUUGGACGCCAGACGAAUGCAAAGACGACCCCUGGAGAGAGGAAUGGCUAUUUUGACAGCAAGGUCUUGAGUCGACAGCAUGCUGAAGUGUGGGAGGAGAAUGGCAAGAUAUACAUUAAAGAUGUCAAAAGUUCUAACGGAACCUUCAUUAACGGCGAACGACUCAGCCCUGAAGGCGUAGAGAGUGAGAAUUUCGAGCUGAAGAGUGACGACAUCGUCGAGUUUGGAAUCGAUAUUGUCGGCGAGGACAACAAAACAAUCGUGCAUCACAAAGUAGCUGCCCGGGUCGUGUGCGUGUUUACGGAGCAGGAUGCAAUGGUUGCUGCACGGUCGGAGCAAGCAUCACAUUCACUAGGGCCCGCCCCGGUAGCCUCGUUUAACCCACCUGCUCCCCCUGGGCCUGUACCUGGACGACGACCGGGCGGGCUACAAGCCAUGGGAAUGGGUGGAAUGGGCGGAAGUAUGCGUCCGCCUGGGAAGAGCGGGUUGACCUUUGAGCAUAUUUUGAGCAGACUGCAAGGGGAGCUUCAAAAGAGUCGGGAAACUGGCGCGGAGCUGGGGGCGCUGACGGGCGCCAUGGGGGACAUUGGGGAGGUGUUGGGUGGUGGGGCGGGAAGUGCGAUACCGGUGAACGGGGCUCUGCCGCCGGUCCGGCCUCCCGUGCAGGUAGUCGAGGAGCGUAUAGAAGAGAAGGAGAAGGAGAAGAAGCCGGAAGACGAAGGUGCAGCAGUCAUGGGUGAGGUUCAGAAGCAGUUGGCUGAGACCCAGCAUGCUUUGGAUGUUCAUGUUGAGAAGGUCAGGGAACUGGAACAAAAACUGAAGGAGCAGGAAAAUAUGUGGCGAGAAAUUCGCAGUAUGAUUGUCGAUGGCAUGACCAAACGAAACGAGGUCGACGAUGAUGACGACGAUGCACGAAGCGUUACUACAAUUACGGAACGAGAACUAGAGACGGUCGAGGAGGUUGAUGAACGUGAAGAAGACGAGCCACCACAGGAGCGAGCUCGCCCCAAGACGCCGGAACCAGGCAUGAUGGAGACGACGAAUACAAGACAAGACUGGUCCUCCGUUAUUGAUGAGCUCAGCCUUAAGGUUGGACGGUUAACCGACCAACUAGCAGGGACACUCGAAAGCGCAGGGGUAUUACGGGCGCAACAUGAAGCGGCGCAAGACGUUAUCCGUGGUCUUGAGAAGAAGGUUGAGCGACUCGAGGGCCUGCUCACUGAACGGGAUAGUGAGCGGGAGGAAUGGGAACGGGAACGGGAACGUGCUGGCCGAUGGGAGGAUGUUAUACGUCGAGUGGAGGAGAUCGAGCGGCGGCAGAAGGAGGAGAAGAAGCCAGAGGCAGAGGUCGUCAAGGUCUUUCAGGGCGACGGCCCGCCAAGUCCUCGAAGUCUUAGCAGUGAUUCCGACGGACAUGACGGUGGAAGUAGCGGGAGACCGAGAAGGCGUGGACGACGGGGGCAGAGUAUCAGUGUCCCGCCGCCAAACGAUACAGACGUGGAUGAAGAUGGAUACGUGAAGGUGGAGGACCUGUCAAAAAAACAAAAACUCAAGGAUGUCAAGGGCAGGCAGGAGAUGUUGACUGCCUUUGGUGUGAUUGUGGUAGGGCUGGCAGUCGCUGGUGUGGUUUGGAAAGUCAAGGAGUAGACGCUCACUGGGAACACUUUCACUUCUGGUAUUUAUUAUUUAUGUUAUGCACUUUACUGCUACAUACCUUAAUUUUUCAUUUCAACGAAUAUGCCCUCAAGUCAGCGGUACACGGUGAAAUUUCGUGACUGUCCCGGAAAGCCUAAAACUCACAUCAGCUGCCAUCAGGAAAAAAAGAUUGAGCAUUUUUCAAAGGCGUCGUUGACAUCGCAUCUUUUCACGGGGCGUGGUAUCAUCGUAGUAUCACCUCCAACUCCGAUUCUUUCACCAACGAUAUCGGAUUCUACUUUUUAAACCAUGUAGACUACACGCUCACCACGAAUUGAGAGGCUCUUACAGCACCAUAACUACUCU